CCCCACCGCACCCCCCCUCUGAACCGAGCUAUGGCGACCGCCCCUACCUCCCCCUUUGCACCUGUGGCCUUUGCCACCACCGAGAACGGUGGUGAGUCGGGAGCGGCGCCCGGAGCGGGCCUCUCUCUGGGAGAGAUCCUUAGCAAGGCUGGCAAGCGUGCCAUCGGUGGUGGACUUCCCGGUGCGGCGGCUAUGGGAGUGCAGGUCAUCUCGCUCAUGUGGCUGAGGACGGUCAUGAAUGUGGCUUAUGCUCGUGGUGGUGGCUUCUUCCACAACCUCAAGGCUCUCUAUGCAGAGGGUGGUAUCCGUCGCUUCUAUCGUGGCCUCGGCCCGGCUCUGGCUCAGGGUCCGCUCUCGCGGGCUGGUGAUACUGCCGCCAACGAGCUGGUCCUCUCGCUCUUUGAGUCGAACGAGACCCUCCAUGCUAUGCCCAUGGCUGUCAAGACGGCUGCGGCUGCCGUGACAGCUGCUGCCUGGCGGAUCAACCUCAUGCCCAUUGAUGCUGCCAAGACCACUCUGCAGGUCCAGGGCCGCGAUGGCCUCCGUCUCCUGAUGAAGAAGGUCCGCGUCUCGGGCUUUGGCGUCCUCUACCACGGCGCCGCCGGUGCGUUCUCGGCCACCUGGGUCGGCUACUACCCGUGGUUCUUUGUCUUCAACACUCUGCAGGAGAAGGUGGCGGUCCCCGACGCCGACGAAGCCUACUACACGGUCAAGAAGCACGGGCGCAACGCGCUCAUCGGCUUUGCCGCCUCGGCAACCUCGGAUUGCAUCUCCAACUCGCUGCGGGUCAUCAAGACAACCAAGCAGACCUCGCCGGUGGCCCUCACCUACCCGGACACCGUCCGCCAGAUCAUCCGCCAGGACGGCGUCUCGGGCCUCUUCCUCCGUGGCCUCUCCACCCGCCUCAUUGCCAACGCCAUGCAGGGCGCCAUGUUCUCGCUCAUGUACAAGGCCAUCCAGGACCGCUUCUUCAAGAAGGAGUGAAGGACCCCACAAGUAAACCCCGAGCGAGGCAC